GGAAAGGAAGGAAAGAGAGAAGGAUGGAAGGAAGGGAAAAACAUGGGAGAAAAGGAUAGAAAGAAUUGGGAAAGGAAGGAAAGAGCUCCGUCUACUUGCAAGUGGGACGGCCGGUGGGAUCGCGCCUCGGGCUCCCCGGAGGCCGGCCCGGCGGCCGAGCCGAGCGGCUCCUGCCCCGCCGAGCCAGAGGCCGCGCUGCCUCCCGCUCCGCCCGGCGGGGCCCCUUUAAGCGGCGGCGUCCUUGCGCGCACAGCCGGCCGAGCCGGGCGCCGCGGCGGAGCAGCCGCAGCAGGAGCCGCCGCCGCGGCAGACAAAGGGAGGCGCGCGGCCGAGCGGGCGCUGCAGCCGAGAGCGCCUCUGAGCAUAGGCCGAGUGCCCCCAUGAGCGGCCCUCCGCCCUCGCCCGCGGAGCCCCCGGCCGGCCAGGCCUGCGCGCUGGAGGGGCUGCCCCCGCUGCCCAAGGGGCUGAGCGGCAUCCUCAACUCCAGCGGCGGCGCGUGGCGCGAGAUCCAGAAGGUCUACAGCAAGAAGUCGCGCAUCCAGGACGACCUGCGCCGCGCCCAGGCAGCCCCCGGCGGGGAGAGAGCGCCGCCGCCGCCGCAGCAGCCCCCGCGCCGCCCCCGGCCCGCCAACCUGGAUGCCGCGCUGGCCGUGCUGCGCAAGGAGAUGGUGGGGCUCCGACAACUGGACAUGUCCCUUCUUUGCCAACUCUGGUCUCUGUAUGAAUCCAUCCAGGAAUUCAAAAGCCUCUUCCAGGAUAUGUCAUCCUCGCUGCACUCGGAAGGCAGCCUGGCUGCUGAAAAUGGCUUCUCGGAUGAGGAGGAAUAUUUUGACCUGGACCCGUUAAGUCCGGACGGGCAGCGAGAGCUGCCUCCGGCCCAGCAGCUACGCUUUCUUCAACCCCAAAACUCCCGGGAUCAGUGGCUUAAGGACUCCUUCCAUAUUGCGAUCUGAGCCGGACCUGGAAAACGGCAUUGGGAAAAGACGGCUGGGAUUAUAUGGAUUGGAAAAGGCAUCAUGGUUUAUAUCUGGAACGAUCCAGCCUGUUUUCAGCUUUCCACUGGAGCUCUUGGACUUUUUCCGAGAAAUCUAUAAAAAUUCCUUUGGCCUUUCCAGAAAGAGAUGGCUGCAGCGACGAAAUGCAGGCGGCUGCUUCGGAGUGGACAGUCCCGGCUGCAACAGUAGUAAAUUCAAUUUUCUUCCGUUUGGGAUUGUCUUUGAAAAAAAAAGCAUUGGGAAAGACUCAGGGAGUGUUCAGAUGAACUAGAACAUCACCUGGAUUAUCUGAAAAUGCCUCUCCAGCUUGUCUUCCCCCACCUGGCAAGGAUCUGGGACAUUUUUCCUCCAAUUUAGUGUCCCCCCCCCACCAAUUUCCAGAAUUUUUGGCCUGCAUGGAGGACAAGACCAACAUCUGGAAUUGGGGCCAGAUUUGGGGAAAUUGACCUGAAAAUUGAAAGGGAAGUGUAUUUAUUUAUUUGGACAAAGACCUGCAACUCUGAGCUGAAAAAUUUUGUGGAAGGUUUUUCCUGGAAGAAAAAGAGAGGAUUUGCUUGGGCUGUUCUUCAGAACGCAAGCCUCUACUGGGUAAAAAUUUUGAGUUUAUCAAAUUUACCUGCUCUUGCAUGGAGAUGCCAGUCGCCUCUGAAACUCUUUUGAUAUUUAGAGGAAAAGAAAGACUUGGCUGCCUAUCUACGAGAUUCAGGCCCGUCCCUUGUCUUUGGGGUGCCAAUCCAUGUUUGCUCCCCUGCGGUACUAACAUCAGUGGCUGAGACUUUUCCUUGUCCAAAUGCCUGGGUUUCCAAUCUGCCUAGUUGGAAUCAUGAGGACCAGGAACUUAAUUUCUUUUUAAAAACAGGAAUGGCCAGUCCAGCUUGCAAUUCUGAGGAUCCGAGCUUUGGGCAAGGACCCUAAACAUAAAACCAUAGAGACUUGUAUUGCAAAUGCAUUAUUUUAUUUUAUUUUAUUUUAUUUUGCAAUGAAAACUUGCAAGAAAGAGAUGACCUGAUUAGAAAUUUAAGAGGGUGGGGGAGGAUGGGAAAUUCUUCUGGAUGCACCUUCCUUUUGCUUCUGGCAUGUUGCUGCUGCAAACCUUUAGCAUAAACAUAGAAUAGGGGGCUGGGAGGUGUGAAUUGCCCCCCACCCCAUGGGUUUUAUUUGUCUUUGAUUUAGCAUGUCACAGGAGCUAUUGAUUUAAGCUCUGAUUUAAGGCUUAGGAGAAGACACCUGGUGUGGUUUAUUUGGCAAAGGGGCGGCUUUACAAAGGUUUGUGAACCCGCCCCAGUUAAACCAGCCGGAUAGGUUGUGUUGUAUGAUAGGUGUUAGUUUCCUUUGUGGGGGGCUGAUGCACCCCACUUUCUCCUCAAUUGCACACUGAUAAGAAAUAGUUAGCUAGGAAUGUGCUGUGUACAACAUUUGUUGUUGUUUUUUUCUUUUUUAAACCUGGCCAUGUUGCAUGGGCUGGAUUUUAUGACUGUUCUACUGCCCUAGCCAAUUUACCUUGGCUGAAUAAUUUAAUUGCAUACUGUUUUUAAUAAUAGUAUUCUUAUUAUUUGGGGUUUUUAAAGGCUUGAAAUAAACCCAGGAGGAUUUGGGUAGAGGAUAAUGGGUUGCAAAAUGUUUGCUACUCGUUCUUCCCAUCCUUUGAAGGAAGAAGGCAAAGUUGGAUGGUUAAGGAAUAUUUUGGCCAAUUUUUUUCCCCACGGUCCCUGGCAGCCAAAGUGGGAGGCGAGGCCGUCUCUUGAAACAAAGAGCCGGAGUGUGUUCCAGUCCCAGCUGUGAAUUCAGAGCUCACAAAGUGACAGGACCACAAAGACAAUUGCAGUGACCUGGAUUUCACUUAAAAAUCAGGCCCAGUUUCCCGAUUGUAAAAAUCUGUGCAUCAGUGAUUGUGGCUUUUCCAGAAUGAAGCAGCCAAACUGCCACGACUCAAGGGUGAUGGAUCAGUUUUCUCCUCAGCUCAUUUCAUAUU